AUGCACAUCAACACAUUUCUCAUUUUAUUAGCAACCACGUUUUUCGGCCUUAUUUCUGUAACAAACGGAAUUUCAUGUCGUAAUCCUGGUGGAUACGAAGGCCGAAAGGUUUGCGAUCAGUUUGGUGGCCAAUGUGGUCAAUGUGUAAGUUUUGUCAAAGUGUGCACUGGUGAUCAGCGUGCUACAUGGCAAUGGAAACAAGGAGCAAAGGUUCGUAACGCACCAAUCUCAUAUGGUACAGGAAUCGCCACAUUCCGUAACGGUCAAUAUUCUGGCCAUGCUGCUAUUUAUGUUGGUCAAAACAGUAACGGUAUUCAAGUUUGGGAUCAAUGGGUUGGUCACCUUGUUUCAUCGCGAACUAUUCGUUGGAAUGGCAAUGGAAUUUCUAACAAUGGUGACAGUUUUUAUGUAAUUGAAUGA